AAUGAAAUAAAUUGAGAAUAAUUUAUAAAUAUUUAAAUAUUGAGAUAAUUUCAUUUAAACAUUAAAAUGUCUAAAUACGAAACGGCGCAAAUAUGUCGCGAAACAUCACCAUUUUAUCAAUGUGAAAAUGUCUACUAUAAUAAUUAUGGACGCUUAAUGGAUAUGAAUUCAAUCGAAAAUUCGUGGAGUUCAGGAGCUUAUAGAAGCGAUGCAACGAAAUCAAAUUGUUGUCAGCACAAUGAUAAUACCACAACAACAACUACUUGUACUUUGACAGCUAGCAUUACAACAAAUCAUAAUCAAUAUUAUCGAUCGCCAAGCUAUUGCCUUGGAUCCCCUUCAGAUUUAGAAGAUAUGGAAGGCCAACUUCAAGAUAGUUUGUUUACAAACAUCUCACCAAAGCCUAUUUCUAUUGUUCCUCCAGUCCGUGUGAUAAAAAAGAGGAAUACAGCGAAUAAAAAAGAACGUCGACGAACUCAAAGCAUAAAUAAUGCAUUUUCAUGUUUGCGUGAAAAAAUACCAAACGUACCAUCGGAUACAAAACUUUCUAAGAUUAAAACCCUAAAAUUGGCGAUUUUGUAUAUAAAAUAUUUGGUUGAAGUUUUGGAUGGCGAUCAAGAUCCUAAAACAGGAUUUCGAGCUGAUUUGAAGCCAUCGCAUAGAAAAAAUUCCCACGAAAAACGAAAUUAUAUUAGAUAUGACUCUAAGUCAACAAAUCGGCUUGGUAAAGGCCGCACCGGCUGGCCGCAAGAUGUAUGGGCCUCUGAGUUAAUUCCAGAGCAAGAGUAA